CCCAAGCGAAGAACGUGGCGCGUGUCCGUGCGGCGCGCUCCCGUGAACACCGCGCGGGGAGAGAGACUUGAAGAACGGGGAAGGAAGCGGAACCCGGAGAGAGAGAGAGAGCGAGAGAGAGAGAGAGAGAGAAGAAAAACCCCAUGAAAAUGCGCUCGGAGGGUAAAUGAAGGAUGUCUUUCCGUCCUUCGGAAGAAAAAAAAACACGACCGUAGGAAUUUGCGUGAAGUGUCGAGGGGGGAAUCUUAAAGAACUGCGUAGGAGCGCGGUGUAGUAGUGCAAUAGAGCCGGGUAUUUAUUCUUUUUGGUGGGGAGAAGAGAAUAUCAAGAAUGGAGGCUUUCAUAAUAGUUCACCAAAGCAGGACAGAAGAUUUGACACAAGGACUAGACAGCGAAUAAACACCCAGUUCUGAACAGGAAUAAAGAACGUGUGUGUUUUUUUUUUUUUUUAAUACAUUUUUUAAGCCACCUAGCCCCUCGAUGACAAGAAUACGAGUCGAGGGCUUGAAGGACGGAGGCACGUGCUGAGGGAAAUUGUUAGUCGGCAUCUUUGUGUUCUCACAGACCAUGUGGCCAACAGCGCAGAGGAAUCGACUUUCAGUGGUCUGGCCUGGAUGCCAUGCCACCGGGCUGUGGAUAUGGUUAUUUUGUUCAGUUUUGGCAUUGGCACGGGCGCAGAGCUACUACCCCACAGUGAACACACAUUACGGGAAGCUACGCGGUAUGCGUGUUCCACUUCCCAGCGAGAUCCUGGGCCCCGUGGACCAGUACUUGGGCGUGCCUUAUGCUGCACCACCCGUGGCUGAGAAGCGGUUCCUGCCCCCUGAGCCACCCUCGUCAUGGUCAGGCAUUAAGAAUGCCACACACUUUGCGCCCGUAUGCCCACAAAACAUCCACAAUGCCGUGCCUGAGAUCAUGAUGCCCAUCUGGUUCACUUUUAACUUGGAUAUAGUCGCCACGUAUAUACAGGAGCAAAAUGAGGAUUGUUUGUACCUCAACAUAUAUGUACCAACCGAAGAUGUCAAAAGAAUAUCCAAGGAAUGUGCCAGAAAACCCAACAAGAAAAUAUGUAGAAAAGGAGGGGCCCAUGCUAAAAAACAGGGUGAAGAUUUAGCAGAUAAUGACGGCGAGGAAGAUGAAGACAUACGAGACACCGGUGCCAAACCUGUGAUGGUCUACAUUCACGGAGGCUCCUACAUGGAGGGCACAGGGAACAUGAUCGACGGCAGCGUGUUGGCCAGCUACGGCAAUGUCAUCGUCAUCACGCUCAACUUCCGGGUCGGCGUCUUAGGCUUCCUGAGCACAGGUGACCAGGCCGCUAAAGGUAAUUACGGCCUCCUGGAUCAGAUCCAGGCCUUGCGCUGGAUCAGCGAGAACAUUGGCUACUUCGGUGGCGAUUCGAACCGCAUCACAGUCUUCGGAUCAGGCAUCGGUGCCUCUUGUGUGAGCCUGCUAACCCUGUCGCAUCACUCAGAAGGUCUGUUCCAUCGUGCCAUCAUCCAGAGCGGUUCAGCGCUAUCCAGCUGGGCUGUCAACUACCAGCCUGUGAAAUAUACACGUCUGCUUGCAGAGAAGGUGGGCUGUAAUGUGCUGGAUACCAUGGACAUGGUGCACUGCCUGCGGAAGAAAAACGCCCGUGAACUAGUAGAGCAGGACAUCCAGCCUGCACGCUACCAUGUAGCCUUUGGGCCAGUGAUUGACGGUGAUGUGAUCCCAGAUGACCCAGAGAUCCUCAUGGAGCAGGGCGAGUUCCUCAAUUACGAUAUUAUGCUGGGCGUGAACCAGGGUGAGGGCUUGCGCUUUGUGGAAAAUGUUGUGGACUCUGAAGACGGCGUCUCAGGCAACGACUUCGACUUCUCUGUGUCUGACUUUGUAGACAGCCUAUAUGGCUAUCCAGAGGGGAAGGACACCCUGAGGGAGACUAUCAAGUUUAUGUACACGGACUGGGCUGACCGAGACAACCCAGAAACACGCCGCAAGACCCUUGUCGCACUCUUCACUGACCAUCAGUGGGUGGAACCAUCCGUGGUGACGGCUGACCUGCACGCUCGCUACGGCUCGCCGACCUAUUUCUAUGCCUUUUAUCACCACUGCCAGAGUUUGAUGAAACCCACCUGGUCAGACGCGGCACACGGAGACGAAGUACCAUAUGUCUUUGGUAUCCCCAUGAUCGGGCCUACUGACCUGUUCCCCUGCAACUUCUCUAAAAAUGAUGUCAUGCUCAGUGCCGUAGUUAUGACCUACUGGACUAACUUCGCCAAGACUGGAGACCCAAACAAGCCAGUGCCCCAGGACACCAAGUUCAUCCACACAAAAGCCAACCGCUUCGAGGAAGUGGCCUGGUCCAAAUACAACCCUCAGGACCAGCUGUACCUGCACAUCGGGUUGAAGCCACGUGUUCGUGACCACUACCGUGCUACUAAGGUGGCCUUCUGGAAGCAUUUGGUGCCACACCUGUACAACCUGCAUGACAUGUUCCACUACACGUCAACCACUACACGAGUGCCACCCCCUGAGACCACGCAGAACUCACUGGCCACCAAGCGGCCUAAUGGCAAGACCUGGCCUUUCAACACCAAGCGGCCACCCAUGUCACCGGCUUACAACAGCGAGAGCGGCACAGAACGGCGGAACAGCGCGGAUAACGAUGAGACCGGGCCAUUGCUCGUCGAGAACGCACGUGACUAUUCAACCGAGUUGAGUGUCACCAUCGCUGUGGGUGCCUCUCUGCUCUUUCUCAACGUGCUCGCCUUCGCUGCACUUUACUACCGCAAGGACAAGCGCCGCCAGGAGCAGCGGCCACAAGGCAGCCCGCCUCGUUCCAACGCUAACUCCAAUAUCAAUGGCACCAACGUCGAGGAUGAGAUCGCAUCACUGCAAGUGAAUCAGUGUGACGCCACACCAGCUGGAGAGGCACUACCGCUCACCGCGCUUCCCGACUACGCGCUGACUCUGCGCCGCUCACCUGAUGACAUCCCUCUCAUGACGCCCAACACCAUUACCAUGAUCCCCAACUCGCUGGUGCCCAUGCCCAACCUGCACCCAUAUAAUACCUUCACAGCCGGCUUUGGCACAACCGGUCUUGCCCACUCACACUCCACCACCCGUGUAUAGCUUUAAGGAGGGUGCAGAAGAGUAUUGGGUUUUGUACGAAUAUCACAGUUAUGGAA